AUGGCCUACCCGACCUUUCCGCACUUUCCACGUCGCGCCUUCCAAUCCCACCUUGACCCGUACAUAAACAGCGAGGAUGCGAAUCGCCACUUACAGUAUCAGCGCAGCCAUCUGUUCGCCGCACAUGUCCAGCCAUACGCUCAGCGGCCAACUGCGUCACCAUUCGCAGGCCGCCACCCAACGCACAGCCACGUGAUCGGGGGCUACCCGCAAGUCGGCCGUCCGUCGCCGCAGGCCAUGAAUAUGGCUAUGGCUAUGGCUGCUAUGGGUAGCAGAGGCGAUAUGAGCACUGUUCCAGAUAUACGACUAGGCAUGGGCAUGCCGUCAAACAUGCCCUGUCACAACCCCUCUUCCUUUCUACCCUCUUCGCAAAUGGCCUACCGCCAACCUGCGCUGUUCGAUGUAGGAAGACGACAUCCAGUCCGGGCACCGUUUCCUACUCGUCGUCAGCAUCGCUGCCAGGCUUCGUCUUCAAGACAUCAGCGCAGCCAUUUCUUGCCCAGGCCCGACUAUGCCUCCAACCUGUUUAGUGACGACGACGACGACUAUGAUAGCGAUUGGGAUGAGGUAGCUCUAUACAUGCAGCCAAGGCGGAGCCGACGAAGAAUUAGAAAUGUCGAGACGCCCAGAUAUGGCGCCCCCAGCAGGUCGAGAUGCAUGUACGACGGGUACGAGGAUGAAGAUGAUGACGAGGAGAGUGAUUUUGAAGACAACGCUGACAAGGUCGGGCACUGCCUCGCAUGUCAGGCACCAACGCCUGCACCGCCCCCUGUGGCUCGUGUUGUUUGCUUCAGUUGGGCAGGUCAAGGCACAACGGGUGCCAUGUUUGCAACGGCAGUGCAUUCCAAACGCGCCUCUUUGAACGCCUGUCGAGGUGUUGGUAGCGUGCGCAGGCCAAACGAUCAAACGAUGCUGGACGGGGGCGAAACUCAUGUCGCUUACAAGCCCCCCGUGUCGCAAGCGCUGAUCUCCCGGACCAGUGUCUCACAUAGCAACGUCGCGGCGCGUCGCGAUUGUCGCCCUCACCAUCCCAACACGCCCUUGAACCACACCCGAACUGCUGCUGCAAGGAUAGACGGUCUCGCUGCACUGGCUCCCCCACUGCGACCUGAUUGUGCGCACACCGCCAAAGACCGUUCCUCCCCUCACGCCGCCGCCAUGUGGUUUCGCAAACGGGAAAACGAUAUUGAGAUGUCGGGCAUGAUGGACCCCUCGCAGCAAAAGCAAAAGAAGAAGAGGGAUAACGGCCCACCAGAAGAGACGGAAUAUGUAAAGUUUGACUGGAAGAGGUUCUUCCUCGCUCCCAAAUACAUACCAUGGCAUAUACUUUUCAUCAUUAUUGGUAUCUUGACCGUCAUCAUCACAAUAAAACACGACGAAGUUGUCGCCAAACUACGGCCGUGGUCAGAAAAGGUGAGAGACCUGCCUGCGGGUUUCUUAAUACCCGUCGCCAUCUUGAUCAUCAUUUCAUUUCCUCCCCUCUUCGGACACGAGAUCAUCGCUCUGCUAUGUGGUGUUGUCUACGGCCUUUGGAUCGGUUUUGCCAUUGUGGCCGCCGGCACCUUUAUCGGCGAGGUCGGCACAUGGUAUGCCUUCAAGUACGCCUUCCGAAACAAGGCACUCAAACUGGAGCGAACAAACCUAAACUACGGCGCCAUGGCCCGCCUUACCCGCGACGGCGGCUUCUUCAUCGUGCUCAUCAUCCGUCUUUCCGCCAUCCCCGCGCAUUUCUCCACGGCCGUCUUCUCCACGUGCGACGUCAAAUUCUGGCACUUCUUCGUCGCCACCUUCCUCUCCCUCCCGAAACAAAUCUUCCUCGUCUACCUGGGUGUACUCCUCCUACAGGAAAGCAACGACGACGUGAUCAAGACGGUCAUGUUCGGCGCCAUUUUCGUCAUCACCAUCGCCAUGGGCGCCUGGAUCUACAUGAAGAUGCGCACCGUGAAGAAGGUACUACUAGAAGAGCAGGAACUGCGACGCGUCAAAAAGGCCGAAGCCGUCGAACUCGUGCCCAAUGUCGAAAGCGCAUUCGAGAGGCGGUACGAUGCCGACUCAGCGGAAUGGACAGCCAUGCAACCUACACCCGUGACGCGGCCGACGACGGAGCGAAGAUACGACGAGGAAGGCGAUUGGGCAAUGGCGCCAACGCAACCGACGCGCAUUAUAUAA